CUAUUGUUGUUUAUGUUCUUGUUUAGCCAUGGUCACAUCACGCUGUUGAACAAUGAUUUGUCAGCCCCACACGUCAGGCCAGUUUCAGGAGGCUUUGUUUUGUAUGCCAGCCUUGGGCUGAUGAGUUGCAGAGAAGCAGUACUGACACUGCAAGGACACAACCAUGGUUUAGAGUUGCCUGCCAAUGGGCAAUCAGUUGACAUGUGGCUGCUGUGCCAAAGAAGGCGGCAGUAUUGUAGAUGACCGACAGGAUUCACGCCCUUUCUUUUGCAGGAAAUCGUGUGGCUUGGAUGAGUUGGAAUCGGACCUCUUCACUUGCGAUCCGGCUGGGGUGUUUUUCGAGGACACCCUUGCCGCUCUUGAUGUGAAGGAGAGGCUCAGCUUUAGCUUCGCAGGCUCUUCAAAUCUGGCUGCUUUGAGAUGGGGCUUUGUGCACGGUGCCAACCCAAAGGUUUCAGACAGCAAUGGAACUACCCUGCUGCACGUCGCUGCAAGAGCUGGCAGCUUUCAAAUAGUGAAGGACCUUGUUCUUCGGUCAAUUGACGUUAAUGCAGUAGAUUGUGCUGGUUGGACACCCCUCCAUGUGGCCAGCUGCAUGGGACGACAGGACGUUUCACUUUAUUUGCUUCAGAUGGGCGCCAAAAUAAGCAGGACGGCGAGGGGCUUCACGCCUGAGAACCUGUGCAGCCACCCUCAUACAAAGGAGGUGGUGGUUGGCUUCGAAGAACGCCGGCCCAAAGUGCCUCAGGUUGGAUUGUCUUUGCGUGCUACACCGAAUUCCGAAUUCGUUGGUCCCAGUGCAGCAUCAGAAUUUGGGGCUGGCCUGCACUUUGAACCAUUCUUUGUGCCUCGCGAGCCAGUGCUACAUGAACCACGGCAUAGGGAGGAACUACAGCAGCUUGGCGUCUCCAUUUUCAACAGGAGCCCUGGCCACGGUGUCGCCUUUCUCGUGGCGCUGAGCAUCGUCCGGGACUUUCCCGUUGAGAUCAACAAUUUCCUGGUGAGGCUCAACGCAGAUCCCCAGAAGCUGGGCGAUUACCUCAGCGAGGAGUAUCCAACCGCACAAACCCUGCGCUUGGAGUUUCUGAACUCCUUGCCAUUACUUGGCACCGGAGUCACCACUGCAUUGGAGGCUAUCUCCCAUGACAUACGGCUGCCAACUGACUGGCUCAAGGUGGAUCGCCUGCUGCGCGGCAUCGCGCAUUUCUGGUGGAAGCAACACGAGGAAGAGCUGAACGACCAUCGGGAAGAGGGAAACCAGCGUGCCUUCCAUGAGUCUGAAGGAGAGCUCACUGGCCUCGAACUCCAGCGCGCUCUGCUGGGGACAGACGGCCUUCACAGGCUGAUGUUUUCCACCCUGAUGCUGCACAGGUGGCUGAGUAAUGAUCGUGAAAUGACCCUGAACGAAUGGGUUCAGUUGAACAUGGGCAUCGAGGGCUGUGGAAAUGACAUCCCCCUACAUGUCCAGAUGGGGAUCUACAAUGCGGUGUCCAGCCGCCAGCUGGCCCUCCAGGUUGCGAGCAAAGCGAACCAACUCAAGCCAUCAGAACCAACUCUGCACAGUGCCGCCUUCGUUCGAUUUCAUGGGCGCCCACAGACGGAUGGAGAUCUGGCUCAUUGGCCACAGGCUUCUCCGCAUGUGCUAGCAGCAGAGGGUGGGGUGCUUGCAGCUGGAAGGAUGUCUCCACAGCCCCAUGGUGCUGACAGGCCUCACAAAAGGCCUCCCUUGACCACCUUCGCUCAACCCUUUGAUGCCGGUGGGUCGCGCUUGGAGGAGGAAAUGACCUGGCUACGGCUGCACCAAUGGUUAUUAUUUCUGGCUCCCACCGACGAAUCAGCGCCCUUUGCCUUUGUGUCCCUAAAGAAAGCAGCAUUGCUUCGUGCAGAUGUACGCGUCCUGCAGAUUGUGUUGGCUCGUCGCGUUGAGGGCGAGUGGCCCACAACCAUGGUAGAUGACGACUGGUUGGAGCUUUGCCUGCUUCUCGGUGAUGGCCGCUUCCAGGUUCUAGAGGCACCUGAGUUGGUGAUGAGGUUUAAUGAUGCCACAGAAUUCCAGACUUGGGCCACAUAUUUGCGUGAGAUUUGCAGUGAGGACACUGAGCGCAGACGCGCCGCUCUCAAGUUACCUCCUGUUCAAAUAGAUGGCGCUGCGCCCUGAGCCAACAGCAUCUGUGAAUUCAAGCCAAUUCAGUGCCUCUGCUUUAGGCAGAAAGUUUUAGGAUGCCUCACUCGAACCCAAGCACGGCAG